CGUCAACCUUGAAGUCGUCUCUCCUCCUCCUCUUCGAGCUCCCUCUGUUCUCCGAGCGAGGAGAGGAGAUCGGGAAGAGAAAGCUAACCCUAACCCUAACCCUAGCCCCGUCCCUCACCCUUCGAUUCCUCCACCUCCCCGAGCCCUCGUAAACCACCUCUCCAGGCUCCGGCAACUCUCCCGAUUCCUUCAUCCCUUUGUUGUAUUCAAUCUCGCGUCAACGGUGAUGGAAUCGCUUUAAGUUCCAGGCACUCGUCGUCGUCCUCCGCUCUCUCAGUGCAUCCAAUCUUCCUUCUGCUCUUCAAAUUCGUACUUAUGGCGAUCCGCGUCACCAUUUCUUGCUCGGGCUAUCUAGCCCAGAGCUUAACCUAUUCCGCCGGCCUCCGUUGCGGUAACUUUAGCCGCAUCCACGAGUUCGCCGGCCGAUCCCUCGCCCUAUUUUCCACCCAGCGAGCUGAUGCCGAUGCGUACGACCCCGGUGGCCAGUCGUCGACUGGAAACUUUUCCAAGACACUGGGUUCUUGUUUUACUUCUUCUGUUUCUUGGUUCUCUCCCGUCGCGAAGGCUCAGAUCUCCGGUCUUAAAGAGUCCUUUAAACCUCCGGCGGCAGCGGCCGUCUCCGACGAGUUCUCGGCCUUUUUCAGCAGUGUUCCUGGGAAGGCUUCAGCUCCGCUUGCCAAGGAAUUGUUGAAUCCUCUAGUGACUGCCGCUUCUAAGCUUUCAGUCUUUGCUGGUGAUUUUCACCCCGAAGAGGGCUUUCGUAAAUUUCCCCCUUUCGGGGGAUCGGCUUCUGGUUUAGGGGAUUUUUGUGUUUCGUCUUCGAUGAGUUUUGCGUUCAAAUCAUCCUCGUUGCUUCCCUUCUUGCAAGUGUGUAAGUGGCUCCCUUGCAGCGAGUACUUCCCUCGCUCAACCAGAAGUGCCCCGCCUGACAAAGGAGGAACUGCAGCUGUUGAGCUUAGUGCACUAGCUCAUGAGUGUUUUGAUUCCAUGGCAGGAGGUGCAGGAAAGAGUGGGGAUAUAAAUCCUGAAACAAAGACCCCGGUUGUUCCUGGUUAUGUGAAGAAUCUUUCUUGUGGUUCCAUGGGGAAUGCGAAGAAUGUGGUUGGCAUUCCUAAAACGAAGGAUUUGGCUGAGGGUGAUGCAAUGAAGCUUCCUUGUGAGAAAGAUCGCUGGUUGUCACGGUGGAUGAGCUCCUGCUCUGAUGACGCGAAGGCUGUCUUUGCUGCUGUGACCGUUCCUUUGCUAUAUGGCUCUCGUCUGGCUGAACCAAGAUCAAUUCCUUCAAUGUCUAUGUAUCCAACCUUUGAAGUUGGAGACCGGAUAUUGGCUGAAAAGGUUUCUUAUAUUUUCAAGGAACCAGAAAUCACUGAUAUAGUUAUCUUCAGGACUCCACCAGCUCUUUUGGAACGUGGUUACAGUCCUCGUGAUGUCUUCGUCAAAAGAGUUGUUGCCAAGGGUGGUGAUGUUGUUGAGGUUCUUGAUGGGAAGUUGUUGGUGAAUGGUGUUAUUCAGGAGGAAGAUUUCAUCUUAGAGCCACUGGAAUAUGAAAUGAGUCCUGUGCUAGUGCCGGAAGGUUAUGUUUUUGUUCUUGGGGAUAACCGGAAUAACAGCUUUGAUUCCCAUAACUGGGGGCCAGUUCCUGUGAAAAAUAUACUCGGAAGGUCUGUUCUACGCUACUGGCCACCUUCCAGAAUAUCAGGCACCAUCUAUGAGCCUCAUUCUCUGCAUGAUAUGGUGCUUGCCUCUUGACAAAGCAACUUCCGCCAAAGCUGAUUUUUUCUUAACAAGGUGGACCACUGGACCUUCAAAGUUUUCUGCUCAUUUGAAUAAUUUGUUAAAUUGUUAUUAUUUUUUUUUGUACUGGGAUUUUUUUGCUGCUAUUAGGCUUUCCUGGUUACUUAAUUAUCAAGUGAACAUGCUUUCUGUAAACCAUUGUUUAUGGGUUGUUGGUCAUCUGGAAUUGUAAACUUUGUUUCAGGCUUCUAUUUUGGAAGCAAUUAAAGGAAUUGUUUUCAACUGAUUAAAGUUCAAUCUUUCA